AUGUCGCUCCGAGCCAAAUCCCACACAGACCUGCGUUCAUCCGGCUCAUCCGAUGACGGCUUGGGAAAGUCACUCACCAUGAGUGCUGUGCGCUUCGGGAACGGGACCACUGAGUCCAAGGACGGGGUCCGACUUCUUUCCAGACCCGCCCGGAGGCCCCUGAGAGUUGUGAGGCCUGUCAGUGCCGGUGUGAGCUCCAACGCCUCCUUCCUGCACAUAAACCACUUGCAGGGAGAGCUGGUUCGCAAGAGGAAGGAGUGCGAGGACCUUAGAAAGGAGAACAAGUUCCUCUCUGAUGAGAUCCGCCUGGAAAGGAUCACCAUGCGCUCGGAAAACGAGCUCGCCAUGAGGAACCUUAGGAGCGUCAACCAGGAGUUGCAGGCACAAGUCAAAGAUCUCAAGCAGCGCUUGUGCCUAAGCCAGCAGCGGGCAGAGUUGUGUUCGCAGGCUGCUGAUGAGGCAGAGGCUCGGCGAGGGGAGGCCGACAAAGGCUUAGUACUCGCCGAGGCCCGCAUCGUUGCCGGCCGACGGGAAACAGAGGACGCUCAGGAACAAGGCACGAGACUGACAGGACGAGUGGAAGAGCUGCGGAAGGAGUGCUCCGAUCUACAGCUAGCUCUGGUACGGACAGAGAAGAACCUGUUUGACGUCCAGCUGAAACUAGAGCGAGAGACGGCAGACAAGCAGGCCCUACUGCGGGAGAACGAGAACCUGCAGGAGGACCGGGACGCCCUACGGCACAAGCUGAGAAAGAUCACUGAUGAGAACCACCAACUCAGAGAGAGUGUGGCAGAAUGGCAACGUCGGGCAACUGCAUCACGGGAGGCAAGCGAGCGCGCCGAGCGUGGACGUGAAGAAGCUGAGGCUGAGCGGCGUUUGACUGAACGAGAGCGAAGAAAUUGGGCGGACGAGUGCCGUGAUUGGAAGGACAAGCACGGGAUUCUGGACAGUGCAUUUAGAGCGCAAGAGCACAUGAAGGCCAUGCGUCGAGACAAAAGCUGUCAAGCUAACAUCAAGAGCUAUUUCCUGUGCAUGACUGAGAGCGAUCAGAGGGUAAAAAUUCUCAAAAAUCAAGAUGGCACAAUGAAAAAUUUUACGGAGGGCGACCCGGUUUACAUCUCUAUGACACCAGAGUCCAACCCAGAAGAACUUGAGAGGAGCUCAUCCAGACCCACAUCCCGUGUAAGCGCACCGCUAACAGCAAGAGACUUUGGGCCUGGCCACUUCGACGAACUGCUUCCUUUCGAGGGAAAGUGCCCCGACUCGGCGACAGCCCACCGAAAGAGCAGAAAGUUGGUGGAAUAUUUUUGGAUCCCCACAGACCAGGAUUAAGUAUUAUAACGACGACCAUUUGAACAAGUGAUAACAACAUUGGUGUUCAUGUACUGACUUUAUUGACAUUAAAGCAGGUGCACAAUCGUGAUGAGUACAAUUAUGUUCACUUACAAUGACACGGCAGUUUAAGAAGAAAUGUG